AUGCAGCACGAACCACUAGACCCGACUGCUUUCGGAAAACUCAAGAAGGAUGGCAUGAAAGAGGCCCUCGCUCGGGUGCAACUUUCAGUCGGAGGGAACAAACCCGACCUACUCAACCGAUACCGGAAGUGGUGGGACAUUCAAGCCGAGGGUGUCGGGGCGUUACCCCCCGCAGACCGAACCGAUGAUGCAGAAGAGGAGAACGCUGUGACUGCAACAGCUCUGAAUACCAUCAAGGGCGUCGCCGCCGUCCCUCAACUAGAGCGCCUUCUAGCACCCGCUACGGCAAAGGUAUCGAAAGCAACCUUGACAUGCUUGCACGAACUCCGCUACAGUCCCGGAGCAGAUUUUCGAGCAAAGAGCACCUCGAAAGACCUUUCGGACGUCCUACAGCCCCUGUAUUUGUUCGUCCAGACUCUACUCAGGACUCUGGAGCAGGUGGUGACAUCGAGCGAGGCAGGUGAGAACAUCACUGCAUUACGCAUGUUUCUCGCCGAAGCGUUGCCUGAAAUCCGAGCUGCUGCUGAGUUGACACCGUUGUUUGCCAGCUGGGGUAUUAGCGUCCUGCCUGAAGAGACUGAUACCCAAUCAUCCGGACCCAACGAGACCGAAGAGAAGACGAAACCGCUUUCCAAGGAAAUCGACAUUGUCGCUUGUGCCAUAAGACAUCGCCUGAGUCGAUGGGCACUGACUUUUCCAAAGCGCAGCGCUGAAGAACAGCUCUGGCCUAGCACCUUCUCCACUGCACAGCGCAAAGACGUCCGGACAUACGUACAAGAGCAAGCUCAAAACCACAAUCUGCUAGGGCCUGAGCUAUCGGAUGACGCCCAGACCGCGGCAGUUGAGGGGAUGCGUCAGGCUGAGGAUUUCCCCGUUGCCUUAGCCCAAACGUCGUCUGUAAUCCGAGCGGUACUGUUGGAAAUACGUUCCGCGGACGCCAGGCGCAGCCUUAGUCAAUCCAGAAGCGCAAACCCGGAAGAUCCAGUGGAUACACCUGACGGCGGCGAAGAGCACGAAGAAGCAGAUGAGGAAGCGGACGAGGAGGCGGACGAGGAGGGAAAUGUUGUCGCCCACAAGAAGAAGCGCAAGACGCGAUGCGCAGAGAGAGAUGAAGAGAUACACAGGGACGACGGAGACCACGAUCAUACGCGCGGUCGCAGGCGUCGGACAUUGGGCAAGAAGAUUGCGCAGGACAGCUUGAGCGACGAGGUCUGA